AUCCCGACUGUCGUAAAGAUAAACAGUCACGGAGCGGGGGGAAAAAAAGUGAUUCACAGGAUGCAAUCAUGAUUUUUAAUUUUAUUUGGAUCUUAAACGACCUUAAAGACCGUGGUCUUUAAGGGGUAUUACUUGGUUACGUAAUUAACCUAGUUCUUCCAUGUCUUGGUUUUGCAAACUUUUUGGUCAAUGCAAAGUUUACAUUUAGAAUAGUUGGGGAACCUGCAGAAUAAUAAGGGUAAUCACGUGUACACGUAUUACAUAUAUUUUGGCUGCUUUUACUGUUGUUUUAUAUGUCAUAAAGGUAACUGUUUUUUUACUUAAAUGCAUUUAAAAGUGUAUGAAUUACUCUUCACACAACGCUAACCAUCCUAAGAGCAGAAACAGUGAACUCAAAACGAGGCUUGCGGGGCAAAGUUUACAGCACAAGAACGAAGCUUGUGGGGCAAAACUCAUUGCCCGGAAAUGCGGCAAGGAGGGCAAAGGUCACAGCACGAAAACGAGGCAGGCGGGGGUCAGGGGUUACAGCACGAAACCGAGGCCAGCGGGGCAAAACUUAAUUGCACGGAAACGAGGCUUGAACAGCGGCCUGCCUGCCUGUUGGUUACGAAUUUCUCUUUUGCUCUUGUGGGUUUUUUUUUAAAGUAACUGUAAUUCAUGUUUUAAACGAUUUUAAUUUAAAUUAAAUAAUGGGGGUGUCCGAUGAAGUCGACAAGACGCUGUUUGUUGGAAAUUUGGAUACAAGAGUGACCGAAGAGCUGCUGUUCGAGUUAUUUUUGCAGGCUGGCCCUGUGAUUAACGUGAAAAUCCCGAAGGACAAGGAUGGCAGGCCGAAGCCGUUCGCCUUCGUGAACUUCAAACACGAGGUGUCUGUGCCGUAUGGGAUGGACCUGCUGAACGGAACCAGCCUGUUUGGGAGGCCACUGAAAAUACAGUUCCGAUCAGGAAGCACCCACAGAAGCCCAGAUGGAAACAGCCCGGGCAGCUCUCAGAAUCUGAGCUCUUCGGGGACGCCCUCACCCCAGGGCGGCAGGUAUGACAGAGUACCAGAUCUAAUGGGCUCCCAGGUCUACUCCACCCCUCCACAGCUUCAGAGAUCCUACUCCUCCCCAGACAGUCUGCAGAGACAAGCCAUGGUCAACAACAUGUGGCAGAAGCAGCGGUCCAGAGGAUUCCAGCAGCAGGGCUCCCAGCAGUACAGGCAGGGCAGCCCCUGGCAGGAGGAGGGCAGCCCGCACCGUGGCCACAGGCACCACCACCAGCAGGACGGCGGGCACUACAGCCGUGAACAGCGCUUCCCAGACUCCGGCUCCAGCUCCGGCUCCGGCUCCGAGUGGCACUUCCGAGGGCAGCGGGAGGACUAUCUCCAGGAUGAGAGGAUGAGCAGCACCCGCAGCAGAGACCACCCUGAGCGGCGCAGGGACACCUCCAGGGAGGGCAGGUGGCGCCAGCACAGAUACUCCUAGACUUCACUGGAGAUUACGAUAGAAAUCUUUAUGCCUUAUUUUAAGUGUGAGGAGCUUUCUUACAUAGGGUGUUCCACUAAAACCCAGUGCUGUUCUGAUUAACCAGAACUCUUAAGAAAGACUGUAGAAAGCAGCAAGCAAAUAUGAGAUCAUUUUAUCUUUUUAUCAUUUAAGAUUAUUCCUUAAUUCCUACUGUUUUUGAUACUUAAUUUUAAAUCAUUGAGAUACCCAACAAAAAUAGGAAGAAUAAUGCAUUAUUAAGCUACUGCAUUACAUAUUUUUGAGUUGCAGUGGCAAGGCUGAAUUACAUAUUGAACAUUGAUUUAAUUUGAUAAUGGGUCUGUAUUCACCAGUAAUGCUGAUACUGGUGUUCUUUGGGAUUUAUUGUGACAUGUACAGAGAUAAUAAUCACAUAUAUACUCAGGACUGGCUCAUAUAUGCAGUCAGUAACAUAAAGGUCACUAAUAACAGACAGGCAUAUUUUAUACUGAAUUUUUUAUGGUUUUUUUUAUGAGAUACAAAUAGGUCAGUUUCUUUUUUCAAAGGACCUGAAACAUCACAAAAUAAGACACUAAAAAAGUUUAAGAACUGUACAUGGUUUCUUGUCUGUAAAUAUGAUGCAAAUGACCAACAGAGACUGAAACAAGGUAUAUUUCUGGUUGUGAUAUUAAAACUUUUUUUGUACUGUC